AUGGUCGAGGCUUUCUGCGCCACAUGGAAGCUGGUAGACAGCCACAACUUCGACGAGUACAUGAAGGCACUGGGAGUGGGGUUUGCAACACGGCAAGUGGGGAAUGUGACUAAACCCACUGUGAUUAUCAGCAGCGAGGGGGACAAAGUAGUGAUCAGAACCCAAAGCACGUUCAAAAACACAGAAAUCAGCUUUAAACUCGGAGAGGAAUUUGAUGAAACUACCCCCGAUGAUAGAAACUGCAAAUCAGUUGUGACCCUGGACGGAGAGAAGCUAGUCCACAUACAGAAAUGGGAUGGCAAAGAGACAAACUUUGUGAGAGAAAUAAAGGAUGGCAAAAUGGUAAUGACUCUCACCUUUGGUGACGUGGUUGCUGUUCGCCACUAUGAGAAAGCAUAG